CCCGGCGUGGGUUGUUAACCCCUUUGCCAUCAGCUGUAUCACAUUUAGUUCUUGUAACAACCACAGGAGGCAGGCGCUAUUACUCCCGUUUAACAAGGAGGGAAACAGAGUUCCCGAGCUGCCUGCGACCACAGGGCUGGUCCGGGAUUCAGACCCAGGCCUCGUGACCGUCCUCCCGUAGAAAGCCAGACUUUUUACUUCCUUGGCCCCUUCCUGUUUUUGCACGCGUCACACGAAACACGAAUUCUUGGGCUGACACGGAAAAUGGUGGUCGGUGCCUGUGCACCGGGCGUCGGGGACAGCGCCACCCUCCCCCGAGCUCUGCACCCCCCGCACGUCCCAGUCCAGCCCUCGCCGCCGUUUUCCUGCGUCGUGGUGACGCCAUGACGUUCCGCGUACGUCCCAGCCACUCAUUCUGUGAGGUUUCGUGCGGACGAAGGCGAGCCCGCAUUGAUGAGUGGCGCACUCAUCACACCUCAGGGACGAUGCUAUUUCCCAGGGAUUAUUUCCCGCCAGCCCCACAGGUGGGCUUGUCGUGCUCGCGUUCACCUGACCCCGCUCCUUGAACGCCUCUCUUCAAAGCACCCGUGCUGCGUGCAGGUGAAAUUCAUCGGCAACAAACGCACUCGCUUAAAGCGUACAGUUCAAUGAGUUUUGGCACAUCUGGGAACCAGUACCACAAACGGGACGCAGCGUUCCCGCCACCCCGACGGUGCCCACGCCCUUCCCAGCCUCCGCACUCCGGCCCCGGCCCGUCCCCUCCCCGUGACGUCACUUCUCUGCGCCUCACCGCCGCUGCGCGGGGUCUUUCCGGCCGCCAGGGCCUGUGGGCGUGGCGGGUGGCGUCACGCGAGCGCGCGCCGGAAGCGGGCUCCGGCCGGACGGAAGUGGCGGGGCGGGGCGCGGGGGCGAUGGGGGGCGGAGGCCGGCGAUGAGCGGCCGGAGAGAGUGAGCGGGACGGCGGCGAGGCUGGGGGGCCCCGGAGAGCGAGCCGCAGGGCGGAGGGCAGGGGCGCGAGCGCGGCGGGCGGCAGGCGGCGGCCAGGGCGCGGCGGCGGCGGCCAGGGCGCGGCGGCCGAGAAGAUGGCGGACGGCGACAGCGGCAGCGAGCGCGGCGGCGGCGGGCCCGGCGGCUUCCAGCCCGCGUCCCGCGGCGGCGGCGAGCAGGAAACGCAGGAGCUGGCCUCGAAGCGGCUGGACAUUCAGAACAAGCGCUUCUACCUGGACGUGAAGCAGAACGCCAAGGGCCGCUUCCUCAAGAUCGCCGAGGUGGGCGCGGGCGGCUCCAAGAGCCGCCUCACGUUGUCCAUGGCCGUGGCCGCCGAGUUCCGCGACUACCUGGGCGACUUCAUCGAGCACUACGCGCAGCUGGGCCCCAGCAGCCCCGAGCAGGUGGCGGCGGCGGCGGCGGCCGAGGAGGGCGGCGGGCCGCGGCGCGCGCUCAAGAGCGAGUUCCUGGUGCGCGAGAAUCGCAAGUACUACCUGGACCUCAAGGAGAACCAGCGCGGCCGCUUCCUGCGCAUCCGCCAGACGGUCACGCGCGGCGGCCCCGCGCCCGGCGGCCUGCAGAGCGGCCAGACCAUCGCGCUGCCCGCGCAGGGGCUCAUCGAGUUCCGCGACGCGCUGGCCAAGCUCAUCGACGACUACGGCGGCGACGACGACGAGCUGGCGGGCGGCCCAGGCGGCGGCGCGGCAGGCCCCGGGGGCGGCCUGUACGGGGAGCUGCCGGAGGGCACCUCCAUCACCGUGGACUCGAAGCGCUUCUUCUUCGACGUGGGCUGCAACAAGUACGGGGUGUUUCUGCGUGUGAGCGAGGUGAAGCCGUCCUACCGCAACGCCAUCACCGUUCCCUUCAAGGCCUGGGGCAAGUUUGGGGGCGCCUUCUGCCGGUAUGCGGAUGAGAUGAAGGAGAUCCAGGAGCGGCAGAGGGAUAAGCUUUAUGAGCGGCGCGGCGGGGGCAGCGGCGGCGGGGACGAGUCUGAAGGCGAAGAGGUGGAUGAGGAUUGAAACGCGCGGCUUCCCUACGGGCCUCCCACCCACCUCCGUCCCCUCGUCUAAAGAGCUCUCUUUCCCGCCCAUUCCUGGUGAGUUAGUGCAGGGGGAGCAAGGGAGGCCCACGGGGAGAAAACAAGAUUUUAAAUAAUGUAGUUAAUUACGAGAAAUGACCAUGAGAGAACAGUCACGGACAAUUAGAGAAAAGAAGUAAAGUUCCAAGGAGCUGACAGCAACCUGCAAGGAGAGCAACAGCGUCUCCUCACCCGAGCAAAAUAGUCCCAGCUCCCGUGGUUUCCCAGCUGCGGUUCCUGAACCCAUCGAGAUAACCCUGAUGGGUCUGGGGAUAGGUCCUAGCACGGCGCGGGCCAAAGGAGCGCUUCUGAUCGACCCAGACCCCUUGAUAACAGCUGAAUUUGUGUUGUACUUGGGAACCUGGUCUAAAGAUUUCUCCAGACCUCACUGUUGCGGUGUCUGUCCCUUCACUUCCAUUGAAAUCAGCAUUUUGGGUUUAGGUUUUCAUGGAAUUCCUGAGAAGGGAAAGGCCUUUGCAGUUACCCAGGUCUUAGGGUACAGGUUUCAUGAAAAGGAAUGCAACUUUAAAUAAUCAUGGACAGGGCAGAACAAAAUAUGAAUUUCAGAAGUCACCUGGGAAUAGAGAAACAAAUUGGAUCUAUAUCGUUUAAAAUGGUUUUGCACGAUACCUGGACCAAGGCCAGUAUCUUUUUUUUUUUUCCCUCCCCAGAAUUGUUUUGCAGGAUGCAAAUGGAUUCAGAUGUCAAUCCUUGAACUAGAAUUGGCUACUAAAGUAUUAAAAGUUGGCAAAUUUUUUGAAGAUGAGAGCAGUUUUACAUUGGAGGUUGCUGAGAUAGGCACAAGAAAAAAAUCAGGCAUAAAGCACAAGGAAAAAACUGUUUGAGUGGAUUGGUAGCUACUCACUAAAGUUCCCUGAUCUCUCAAACAUGGAGAUCAUUACCAAGAAAUGGCUUAGGUAUGAAUGAGAGCCAGAUCCCUGUGGCUCCACCAUGUGAGCCAGUGAAUUGUGGCUAAUUCGGCUGUUUCCGCCACUGAUUGGCUGGAUUUUAAACCGUAAAACUUGAAAAAGGAACAGUGUGGCUACAAGCCUGAGCUUUAAUGAAAUACACGUCUCAGAAGAGUUGGAAAUUACCAAAACUGAAGUCUUCCUCUACCUUCAGUUUAAUCUGUGGAUUUGUUCAAAUACUAAAGAUCCUCAGGUCCAGAAUUCCAGCAUCAUUUAUUCUUUUUAAAUAAAAUUUUAGAAACUUGAUCCAUUGUAUCAGUACCUCACAAUCAAAGUUGGCAAAUGAUGCAUGUGUGAUUCAAGCAAGCAGCGUGCCCUUGGGAAGCUGAAAUCCAUCUGAAUGGACUCAAAGUGAACAUGAAUGUGCUGACUCUAUCCUGGAAGCAUUUUUAUACCAUCUUGAAAUUUCAACAAAAACUAGCUUUUGCUAGUUUAUCCAGCUGUCUUUCAAGAAUAAAAGUUGGGGUUUUCAAGGAUCGCCUCUUCUAUAUUUUAAAUGGAUUUUCAGUAGAAAUGGUUUUUACUAAUCAAGUUAAUCCCACCCUAUCAAAAGGUAUUUCUGGGAAUGUCAUGGACCUAGGUAACUUUGAAUCGAAUGGGGGCUGUUCUUUCCAAAGUUUUUCAGGUAGGCUUGGUGCGACACCUUCUCAACCAGGAGGCGAGUAACCCCACCUCCACAGUCUUAGUGUUUGUUUGUUUGUUUUUUAACUGCAUGACUGCCCUUUAUUUGAGCUGCCUUUUAAUUUAUUGUGUACCCUUUUUGUUAUUUUGGUGUUAUUCAAUACAUACAAUCUUUUUGUAUUUAUUGGGAAAUAAGUAAUAUACAAAAAGGUCGUUUUCAUUCAUUGUGGCUGAGAGGGAGGAAAAUAAUCAUGUAUAUAAAAUUAGGCUUUUUAAAAAAAUCAGACUGUGAUUCAGAAUAUCGUUCAUCUUAGAUUAAAAAAAAAAAAACAGCCACAAACAUUGGUGCCCUUUUCGGACAAUUUCUCUACUCUCAUCAUCCACAGUAGACUUUUUAAACAGAUUUUUUUAAAGCUUUUCUUUUUAAAUAAUUUUUCUCCGUUGCAAAGAAUGUUUCCUAAAUUGUAUGGGAGCAAUAGUAUUUCCGAUGUGUUAACGACAUCCGUACUCUUGUACUGUAUUUUGUACUACAAGGCAGCUGUUUUCAAUGGUGUCCUGCUGUAUUUACCUGUGUGUUUUGAGUGUUUUAUUUCUUUGCUGCGGAGAACAAAUCCCUAAAUAGUUUUAGUAAAGGAGCUGAGAAACUAGCAUUAGUUUGCAGAAACUGUUUAAGUUUCAAAUUCCGAGGCAGCAAUGAAAAUCAAGAUUGCAGCUAUUAGUUGAUUGCUGUAACUUUCUCCUUUUCAAACCAUGUACAAUUCCUGUAUAGACCAACUUGUUUUCUUGCUUCAGUGGUGGUUCUGUUGCUCAGCUGCAGUUGAGCCAGUUCAAUUUUGCAAAGGUGCGGUACCUCUCCUUUUUAAGGAGUUGGUUCAUUCUUUUUUCUGUUCUUUUUGUUUGGCUGAAUUGCAGUAACUAGCCUUGCCUUUCUAUUCUGUAGAAAUGACAGGGUCUUCACAAUCCUCACCAGUGGCUACUAAGCUAUAAUUAGCUGAAUAGAAAGAAUGUGGAAGUGGUCUGAGGCAUAUGGGGUAUAUGCCAGGAGCACUACCAUAUAUGGAGUCAGCUUUGGUUACCAGAGAAGUUUUCUUAGUCAUUAGACCAUGUAACAGUAAUAUAUCAUAUGUAAAUCUUUAGAUAUCAAUUUGAGAAUCCUCCAAAAAAAGGAGCAAAGAAUGCAUAAGCUAUGUGUUGGAAAAGUAAUUUAUAUUAAAAUUUUGACCUGCCUAUAUAAGAUUAAGUGGUAAAUGUCAUAGUGGUGGGUUUUAAGUCUUAACCAAUCUCAAAGGUUUGUUCUCCUGCAGGGGUGGCUGACGGCCUCUCUUCCCACUGCAGGAAGGUUACGGAAGGAUGUGGAUUGAUUGUAGCAUUUCACUGAUCCUCAUUUCAGUCACUAGGGACAACGGAGAUUGCACUUCCAUCGUGUGGUCUGUUAAACAAGGUGGUGUUAUGGGCUGUCUCUCAGAUGCUUCUUGUUAAAAGAAAGUCUUUGCUAAAUCGAGGCAGAAAGUGUUUUCAGCCACCAGUGAUUUAGGGCUUUUUUUUGACUUUGGCAAAUAUCCCAACUAAUAACGUGUUCAAAAUCAUCCUAUUUCUGAGAAGUAGGGAGGUAAAAUUUAUUUUCUGGUAAUUGGCAGAACGUUUGUUUCUCAAACUACUGCAGUUGCAGAAGUGAGAAGCCCACAGUUUUAGGAACAGAGUUGAAAGAGCAGGAAGCUCUGACGAGACCCCACAACUGCCUUCGGUUUCUGGUGUCCCCGCCCAUCGCUCGGGCAGAGCCACGGCUCUAGUCCGCAGAGGAUGUCGUCAGUGCAUGUGCUGCGUGGAACGAAAUGCAGAUCUGGAUGGCACCAAAAAUCAGAGCGGAAACCAAACCAAACCCAGACACCCUAUGUUCCUGUGGGCGCUUGUAGGUGGUACAGAUGACCAGCUGUGACACAGACACAGCUGUUUGUCAAGUCACUUUCCAUAAUACUUACUGCAAAAUGAUGGAGAGGCCCUCGCAGGCAGCCUUUAACCUGCUUCCUUUGUUACCUCUCGAUCACUUUGCAGUAAAUUGCAGGUCUUUUAAGAGAUUCAAGCUUCAGUUUUCUCAAAACAAAACAAUUAUCCUGUCUUAUCUGAAAAUGCAGGGUUGUGGGCAGAAGAGGCUGGUUAUAAUAAUGCCCUCAUAUUGAGUGGUCUGUAAAUGGCUGCACACUUCAGGCACUCUAGUUGCUGAGGAUGCUUUGUUAAAUAUGACCUUGACUGGCUUUACAGGGGGGUAGAGUGAUACACAAGGUAUUCAAGUGACAAUUCACUUAGGUCUACCUUGCCUUGAGGUGGAUGAAAUUAAGGAGAAGCUUGAGUGUGUAAGCUAUGCACAUAAGUAUUCUUCACUGUAAAUUUUGUUUUCAUUUUAACCCAAUUAUGGUACUUUGUCCAAUGCACAACUGAUCUCUCAGUAGAUAUUCAUUUGAAAAUAGUGUGGCCUUGAUCGGUGAGAAGGGGAAGGAGAGAAGUGACUUUUUGCUUACGUUAAAAGUGACUCGUUUGCCAAGAGUCGUUCUGCAGCACUCUAAGUACCUGACGUGUUUGUUAACGGUCUCCUUUGUGAUUGGGGAAAUUGAAUGGUUUUGACCCUGGAGUUACUAAUUCAAUUGAGUUGUCUUCUAUUUUUAGGAAAUAUCAGAAUUGCUCUGAUAAGUACAAAGUUGACUGCUUUGAUGUCCAAUCUCAGGUUUUAGAAUAUACAUGGUGGUUAAAAUCCCACUGUUAACCCUUAAAAAAACAAUUUUAUUUAGCAUACCUAAAAGUCACAUGCGUGAGGCCUGUUCAGAGAGCAGAACCUCCCAUCAUUUUGCUCCUUUUCCAUUUUGUAUUUCACUUGAGAAAGUGUGAUUUUACAUUGUAUAUUGCCAUUUUAACCCUGACAUAUUUUUCAAGAUAAAGCACUUUUUGAUCAUGAAAUACGUGGAAUCUUUGUGUGAUGUGGAUCAUGGUUUCUCAGGCUCCCCUAGAUAAUCUGCUAAUGAGUAUUAUUCUAACUCUGUGUAUGAAGAGUAGAAAUCUUUAUUAUUAUUGGGUUUGUAUUACUGAUCAAGAAUGCAUUUUGCUAGCUUCCAAUGGAUGAGACAGUGAACAAUGCUGCAUUCACAGUUUAUAAGUUACUUUCCCUUGAGCCUUAAGGUAACUUUUUUUGUCAACAACAGCACUGAAGUUAUAGUAAAUGAAUAAGACUCAGUUUUCAGGGUUAGUUUUAGAGUACUGUAAAUCAAUUAGAUGUCUUCCUCAACAGUUAUUGUUCCCAUUGAAUAAGCUGAGUAGUGGGUGUGUGGGUGGGACUGGGGGAGGGAGGAGAUAGUUUGUAAAAAAAAAAAACAAACACACAUUUACCUUAAGAAAAAUAUAGACAAAAAAGUACAUGUCGAUGCCCUGUUUGAAAUCCCACAUAUAAGGUAGAAAUGGCAAAUUAUAGCUUCAUUUCCCAUUUUAAUCUUAAAAGCAGUCAUUUUCCAAUGUUAGACCCCAGAAGUGUCCAGAGAUGGAAUUGAAUGGUGAGUUCUGAUACAGCUAACAUUGCUGCUUAAAGUCACUGUUCCCAGUCCUCAGUCUUAAAACUUAAGUUUCAUUACUGAUGGACUUAACAGACUCUUAUUUCAACAAAUGUGGUCCAGUUGUCCGCACCGAAAAUUAAAUUUGGAAAAUGAAAAAAAUAAUAGAAUUGCAUCGUGAAGACUUAUUACACAAGGUAAUUUUCAGUUGGUAUCUGUACCUCGGAUCCAAGACCUUUACGAAUGUAUUUUGUAUUUCCUAAUGAAAUAGGGAAUGUGUCAUCAAUAAUCACCUUUAUUCACAAUCUUGUACUUCCCUUUUGAAAAUGUAACUCGCCUCAUAAAUUAGACAUUCCAUUUGGGACGGGCAAAGCCAUGAUAGAACAGCAGCAAAUGCUAGGUGGGUAGUUUCACGGCUCAGUGGGACUUGUUAUAAAGGGAGGACAGAGCUUUAUUUGAUGCCAAAAUGUUACCAUUUCCCCCACAGUAACUCUAACAAACUUUGAUAAAAGAGUAUUAUUGUACUUGUAAUUAAAAUUAACAUGAGAUUUUGAGUAAUUUUCCCUGUUAUAUGUAAAGUAUCUCACUGACAUGGAUAAGGGAGAGCUGGUUAUAUCUUUAGUAUUAUGAAAUGUGGGCUCUGUUAGAGAAAAUGCUAAGUUCAUUGUCCACUACUAUGUGCAAGACACCAGUUUGUCUUUUUUAUCCUACCUUCAAUAAUUUUAACGGCUCUUUGAAGAAAAUUGAUUGAGACCAUUAUUCCUGAAAGGCAGCUUUUGUCCCCAGUCUUACCCUGUGUCACAGGAACAGGCUGAUUGGAAAAAAGUCUUCACGUUUGGAAAUAGCAGAGCAAGUGGUGUAUUUGUCCUUUUAAGAUUGCUUUUUCAGGGACCUGUGUCAGCAGGGAGAGUCCUAAGAAAACGGAAAAAAAUCAUAUCACUAAGCACAUGUGUAGGAAUUCUGGAGUUUUAUUUUCAAGUCUUCAGAUACGAGACAUAGACCCUUUUCUCCCAGCCCACACGUCCCUCCUGUGUACAAAAGCUCUCUGGAUUCCUAAAACUUAGGAGAUUGGGCAGGUGCAGAAGCAUUUCACAUCAGAGCAGAGCAUACAUAGAGUGGACAGUUUCGCAAAUUACAGUAGCAGGCCAAGUAUAUUUGAGUUGUUCCAAUUAUUUUCAAUGUUUGCAUAAUGUAGUUGGACUUCUUUUUCCUAAAGCUCUAGGGAAAUUAGAGAUUCCUGCUUCCUUUUGUACCUUCAUGCAGGUAUUUCUCCACGGUCAUUUUUAAAAGUCCAUUUGUCUUCUGAGAUGUUUCCAGUCAUUGUCUACCAGGGCUUCCUUAGACUAGAUUCUUCACUCCAAAGUGAGGCUGAUGUCCUGCCGAUAAAGAAUCUGCAGGCGACAUUUGAAUGAAGUAAAACCAAAUCUUGACAGCAGGAGACAGAGCUUCCUGAUCUAAAUGGAUGUACAACUGGGCUUUAGGUUGGAAGUUACUUUAAAAGGGGUUUGGGGUGUCUUCAGUCUGUAAAUACCCACAUGCUGUGCAUUGUAAACCAAGUGUGUGUUCUUAUAUGUGAAUUUGUAGGACUGACUUAUGCUUCAAGAGAAGCCGCACCUUUAAUUUUAUAAGGUCCCCUCCACCUGUAACCCUAUAAAUAUUUGUAAAUAGAACACUAAAAUUUGUAGUGAUAGGAUCAAUUUGGGAAUAUCUGCUGAGAGACCAAAAAGUUCAUUUUUUUUAAGUACCUUGGUUAAAGAGUAAAGAUUAUUCCUCUUAUUUUUUAAAAGAAUGCACUUUAACAAACAGCUGCAUGGGCAGUUCAAACAAAUCCGUGAAGUGCAGUACCCAUUCAGAAACCACACUUCCUGGAAACCGUUCAAAGCAGAGUCCCGGCGGGCUGUCGGCCUCACUGCCCGGGGGUGGAAGCUCAGACCGCGGUCAGUGUCGAGACGAGCAGGGCAGCUUCGAGAGAGUGGUGUGAGCACGGCCAGGAGCUUCAGACAGGUCUCUAAAAUGGCGGGUCCCGUAAUUACCACUAACUAGCAAAACUGACAGAAAAACUCAUAGAGAAAAAUGUGUAAGAAUCCUUACUGCUGGUGUGUACUCCUUACAAUAGCAGACUUUUGCAAAUGGAGUUUUACAGUCUAUAUUUAAAAAAUUGUAUGUUUGUAACAAAUAAAGUAUGCGGAAAAGUGAA